GGGCAACCUUUCACCAAAAGUACCCAAGAUAAUGGAUCAUCUGUUGAGGACUCCACUUUGCCAGCUUGGGUGACUAUGGCAAGACAGAAGCAGAAGGGUUACCAAGAACAAUAUAUUGGCAAAGAAGCUAAAACACCAGCCAAGGAAGUCAAAGCUAUUACUGAGAGGCAAGAGAUUGACAAGGAUGCCACAAAUGCACCAAUUGAAUCUAAAAGUACUCACCCUAAGACAUCGACCUCUGGCAAACCUACCCAAGACUAUAGACUGGAACUAAAGCCAUCUGUGGCAGAACCUCAGAAGAAAGCUUCUCCCAAAACCAGUCCUGUGACAGUAAAUAAGCAUUCAUCAGCAAUGACACAGAACACUAGUGACAAGGAUGGAAAAGAUCAACACAGCAAAGAUAAAAUUUCCCCUUCCUCUAAUCAACCAUCGUGGAUGGAACUGGCCAAGAAAAAAGCAAAAGCUUGGAGUGACAUGCCACAGAUAAUCAAGUAGCCUCCCAUGUGGAACCUCUGAGUUAUACCUGGAAACCUAUUAGCUACUAGCUAUUGGAUGUGCAUUAUUUUGUCUGCAAUGUUAAUUGAUGAAAAGGUAGAAUCCCAUGUUGACAAACUGUAGGUGGUACUUAACGUUCUGACUUCUUUUUAAGAACAAAACUAAGUUUUCAUUAGUCUUCUACAUCUAGCGUACUACAACACUGGAUUCUUUUAAGGGUAGAGAUAUGGAGGUCUGUUGGAUUUGACUAAGUGUGCACUACACAUUCCUGAAGGGAUGAUCUUGAGACCAUAUACCGAUCUCCUAUCUUGUGUAGGAUCCUUUUGGAUGUGACUGUGAAAGAAGCAUGUGUGGGUUUUCUUUGUACCUCCUGGUUGGCCAUUAUACUUAGAGCAUUGUUUUUGUUAUUUACUUGCUGCAUUUGUUUGAUGUACAAGAGUUGUUGUAUGAUGAACAAAAUGGGAUGGGAGAGAAAGAUGUAGAGCAGCCUCAUUUAUCAAAAACACUUUUAAACUAAUUCUAAAUUCACGUGAUCCACAAAUGUUUUGAUGUCUUCUAAAGAGUUCUCUAGCAUUUAAAAGGAUGAGUGUUUUGAAUCGGGUGUGUAAAAACAAAAUAUAUUUCUAUGCUUUUUAAGUUUUGCUAAUUUUUUUGUAAUGAUUUAUCAUUCUGUAUUAUAGUUCCACUCCUUUAAAACAAAACUAUCCAAUGACGCAAAAUGUGGGAAAUGUGUGUAUAUAUUUUAUUUUAUCUGGUUAGUGGUGGCUGUAACUGUAUUUGUUACUUGGGUUUUCUUAGCAUUACAUAUUUUGUUUUACUAGUUGUUAUCAUUUUUACUUCAGCAUGUACAGAUUAACCUGUGGUGUGCUCCAAGCCUAGGAUUCUGAUUGGCAUGGAAUGAAAGUGUUGCUUUUCUCUAUAACCGACAAAUCAGGUGAUUUUAAUGUCUCUCCCAGCCAAAGUGGGUAAGGGGCAAAUAUUUUGGCUGCAUGAAUCAGCUGGAAUAUCAAUAGCUAGGAACAGGAGAAUUAGUGAACAAUACAAGACCCAGGAUCAACCUAGGUCACCAUCUACCCCAUCCUUUCACUAAUAUUGGAGUCAUUGACUGGAUUGCAACCACUUGGUCCAUGAUGGACCCAGACAUGACAUGAGAAUAAAGCCCUGGGUGUAGAAAGCUUUGAGAGCAUUAGGUCCAAAGGACUAUUCGCCCAUUCAUGCUGCAUUUACCACGUGUCAUGCUGCUGAUAAAGCAUCCAUUUAACCUGUCUACUGAAGUUCUUAUCAUGUGCACCUGCAGCUGAAGUACAGUGUUACUCCCUGGCUAAAAGAGAGUGUUCACAUAUAUCUAAAAAUAUUAACCACAAUGGAUGCACAGAAGUAUAUCCAUUUACAUGGGGGAAAAUGUUUAAAAUAUUUUCAAGAAUCUUGUCUCAUAGCAUGGAAAUUAUAUUGCCCCAGCCUGUAUUUAAAUAUUUGUAGGAAUGCAAUUGCACUAUAAGUCUUGUCCUUCUAAUUACUUACCAUAUACAUAGGGAGUGAGAACCUUGGUAUGUAAAUAUAUACCUGCCAAACUAUUUUGCUAAAUUGCCAGAAGUUAUCUCUCACUGUGAUACAAUUAUGUUUGGUACAACAACUUAAAUUUUUUGGACAAAUCAUAGAGGACUUGCAAUUCAAAAAAAGUGCUAAAACCUUGUAUCUUUAGUUAAUAGAUUCAGACCUUGCAUGUACUAACAGUAGUCUUUACUGAAUAUGCACCACCACUUAAAACACAAUGUUAAAUUGUUUACAUGGUAACAAUGCAAAAAGCAGUGAAACUUCUGUUUUGUUGAUGAUUAUAGGUUAUUCAGUGUACUAACUUUCAUUCUCUCAAUAUCUCUACAAACUUGCAUUUGCUCUUGCCAUCUGCAUGUUAUUGGUGAUGUAAUUAUUUAUGUCUGAAUACAUAUUUGUAUGUAUGUACCUGUGUGUGUAUAUAUAUUUUUAGAGUACUGUGUGUAGCAUCAUGCACAGUUUGUGAAUUCAUUUUCAUGCCAUGUAACUCGUAUUUCAAGCACAAUGAGCGUUUGAGUUGUGUUGGUCAGCUAUCUGUAUGAUUAAUUGCUGUUGAGAAAUGUAAAUACUCACUGCACUCUAGGAAUGUGUUUCCCUACUGCUUACUCACUUUUAAAUGAAGAACCAUGAUUCUUCCAGAGUGAAUAAUACGAGUAAAGAGGUUACAGUGUGAAAAAUACCAGCCUUUCCCUCACUAUUUUACUGGAGAGGAGACAAUGUUAAAAGUUUCAAUAGCCUUUUUAUGUUGGAUAAAAGUUACAAAAUUGAUAAAGGCUAUUUGACUGGUCCUAAUGCUUAAAAAAAAUUACCUGCAAUACUCCCACUUUACCAUUGUCUCAUGAGACUUGGCUAGCUUAGAAGUGGUGGGUCGGUUGUGGAACUGCAUUGCAUUGGUUUAGAAUGGAGAUUUGAUUCUCCCACUGCUAUAGGUUAGAGGUGGGUUGAAGCUAAAUACUCCUGAAAGAGCAGGAAACAAUGGACUCCUCCUGAAACUGGUCUUCCAUAAUCUAAAGUGACCAAUCCAGAGAGGCUCAGUGUAGAAGCGUCCUCUGAACCCUGAGCUGCAUUUGUUGCAUGACCCAGAGGGAGACCAGGGAAGUGAUAUUGGGGAAAACAAUAGGGAGGGUUUUCCUAUUUAAAAAUAGUGCCCUACAUAUUAAUUGGCAUUCAUAGGUGUACUACAUAGGUAGCUGAAAGCCAUUUUGGUUACAGGCCUCCCAUGUAAAGUUCAGCAGUGCUAUUGAUCCAGGGAUGACUAGUGAAUGGCCUUAUGCAUUUGACUUUGCAUGCUGUGCCAUUGUAGAGCACAUAGUGGAAAAUAACUAGUAUUUACAGGUGUGUCUGGGUUAGAGGGUUGGGAGGAGUGGGGGGAGUUAGGAAGAAGAGUCUGGUAGUGGGGAGAAGGUCAGAUCAGUGGAUUGGGUCCUGAGCAUGUGAUCGGGAAGUUAUGGUGCAUGGAUUGGGGGUCAAUGGGGUUUAAGAAAAGAGUGAAUGGGAAGAGGUUGGAGAUUGGUGAGUGGGGUCAAGCUUGGGUGCUGAACUGGGAGGGGUGAGAGUAGUGUAGAAAGGAAUUGAAGAGAAUUUCCAUUGGGUAGGUUCUCAGCACCACAGGGGAUCUUCUUGGGGGGGGGGGGGUGGAAUUCCCCAUUAAAUGGUGCUGCUGCAGAUCAAGCUGUCCUAUUAAAUCUACUUGGCCUGAAGAUGCGUCUAGCUUUGAACUAUGUGGAUCCAUGAGUUUCCUGGGGAAUGCUGAAAAGGGGAAUGAUUUUAUUAGGUGUGCUUCUGAUAACAAAAACACAUUCACACACAAGUGUGAUUCAUGACUGGUGCUUGGUCAAAUUUCCAGAGUGAGGUGAGUUGACCUGGAAUUGAUGUUAUCGUGUUCCACUGUGGAAAGAAAUCAAUUCCCACACAGUUAAAACAAGUCUGAGCUUCUAGACCUGAAUGUCUUUGAAAAGACUCUUCCUUAAUGGAGUACACACACAUAGCAGACGGUGAAUUGGACAAUUAUGGACAAGCUGUGACCUUGUCAGAGAUCUAACAAUACCCUCGAUCUCACAUGAUGUUUCCCUGCCUGCUAACUUAACAAAGGAUUUAACCCAUUCAAAACAGAGGUUGACAUUUCCAGUAUGACAGUUGUACCCCCUCUAUGUACUUAGGCUCAAAAACAGCAAUUUCCCUGUUAGAUCGCCAAAUAUCUGAGAAAAGGUUACUCAGAACAAAAUGAAUCAUUCACUCUGAGGCAUUCUAAUGGUGCUGUUAGUUACGAACUCCUGCAUGUAGUUCCAACUUGUGCUUAGUUGUACAGUGCAUUUUAUACGAGUUAAUCCAUUUGGAAAUUAUGGUUUAUUCAGUGGUGUCCCACUGUAUUUGUUCUAAAAUCCUGUAAUAACAAACCUGGGAAAUGCUGUGAGAUCUGUGAAUCAAUGCCUUGAUAGGAGUUAGUGCUGUGUAUAUUUGAUGUUUUUAAAUCCACAUAACUUUGCCAAUUAGAUGUCAGUGAAGCUGGUAUGGCUUAAAGAUCUCCAAUCAGAUGAACUGGAACCUAACACCACUGUGUUCUGCACUAGACUGUUAAACAGCCUUGCCUUUA